CGCCAAUCACACAUUAGCAUGGUUCAUGUAGCCACAUAUGGAUGUGAAGCCUGGGCACUGAAGAAAGAGGAAGACGUAUCCAGGCUCUUGAGGGUCAAACAACUGCUAAAAAUCUUAUGGAGCAAGAUGAUGAUGAUCACUGAGCAAGUUUACAAGAUGGCCAUAACAGAAAAGGAGCUACUGAACCACAAAUGGAUUCAUUUGGCUGGAAAAGGAAGGUUGGAGAAAAGGUUUCUAAGACAGCAGUGCAGCAGUUUCAGGCAGAGUCAGAAGAAGUAAUGUAUAAUGAGGAAACGGAGGGAGUUGAUUGGCUGCACGCAAUUAAACGCAGGCGCGAGGUGCUUCUCGAGGACUGUGCAUUCAAGAGCAAGAGACUUGAGGAGGAAGGAGCACUGCUGGCUACGGAAGGCAGACACUGGGAGGCAGUGAAAAAAUGGGAUGAGGCCAUUCAGCUUACUCCAGACAAGGCUGUCCUUUAUGAGAUGAAAUCACAGGUGCUGACAAUACUUCAGGAGAUUUUCCCCGCUGUGCAGGCAGCAGAGAUGGCAGUCAAGCUUUGCCCCUUGUGGUGGGAGGCACGGCAGACUUUAGGUCGUGCCCAGCUAAACCUUGGUGAAGUUAAUCUUGCUGUGCGCUCUUUUCAGGUGGCAUUGCACCUACAUCCAUUAGAACGCCCACUGUGGAAAGAGGAUUUGACUUGGGCACUGAAGCUUCGGGAUCAAAAAUGUGCUGCGCAGGAAAAAGCUGCACAAGAAGAUGAGGCUCGGCAACUUGUUGAAGGAGCCCCAGAGUUGCAACACGAUUAUGAGGACUUUGAGUCUGAUGAAGUCAUUGCUGCCUGCACAGCCAUGGCAGAGCGUCAGAAAACAUAUGAAAAUUUAAAAAAGAAAGCCGUUGUUGUGGAUGCAAAUGGCGUUGCAAUGGAAAUGUCAGUCAAGGAACAGGACAAAUCUUUAAAGUGUGUUUUAGUGAAAGCAAGAAUAGUGUAAAGGGUAAAUGACAUGGCUUUGUUUAAUUGUGUAGUUUAAGUAUAAAAUGCAUAUAGUAGUAUUUAAUACUAUAUAAUAUUUAAUAGUUCAUAUACUUCAUACAUUCAUUCAUAUUAUUUUUUUCUUUUAAGUAAACCUCUCAUUAUGCUUUUAGAAGUUUAUUGAUUUAAUUGUUAUUUUGGCAGAACUAUGCUUUAUAUGCUGAUAAAGUCUAAUGUUUCAGAUAAAACAAAGAAUAAAUAAUAUAGAAAUACAUAAAAAUACAGUUUUUAAAUUAUAAUUUCAUUUUUUAACGGUAGACUUAAACAGGACCUUUGUGGGGAAAAAAAAGUAUUCGCCCUUUUAGUUGCUCCAUUAACCAAAUGUAAUUGGUGUUUGGAUUUAUUUAGACUACACACACCCAGGUUAGAUUACUACUAGUUCUGAUAUGUCUGACUCUCACCUAAAUAGAACAUUUCCAGCAACGUGAAAUAAGCUGGAAAUACUAGCCAAAACACUUGCAGGUAUCACUUGCUUCAGAUAAAAUUAGCAUUUAUGAUUUGACUAAUAGAAAAAGACUUGGUAUCCAUGGACGAAAUGCAAAUAAAAAAUUACAUCUGGCAUAAACCCUUACUGAACCACAUGCCUGCUUUUUACGACAAGGAUCCUGUAACAUUCAGCAUAAAUCUAAUUCAACAAUCUGCAAAAUUAUGUAAUUUCAACAGUCAAAAAGGAAAAUAUGGGGAUGCUUUGCUGGUUCUGGGCAUAAAUGACACAAAUUCUAAAGGAGAAUUUUCAGUCAUCAGUCCAUAAUUUACAGUUGGGCAACAAGUUAACAAUUUAAGGCACAAGGGCUUUAGAGUUCUUAGAGUCUACUAAUGAAUAGUUUAAAAUAAAAAUAAAGUUGAGGUUUUGGAUUGGCCUGGACAAGGUCCUAACUUGAACCGCAUUGAGAUUCUGUUGACAAACUUGACAGAUGUUUAAAUUUUGAAAGCGUUCCAGUUGUCUAAAUUCUGAAAGAAAACUGGGCCACUGCAAUGUGAGUGACAUCCAGUUAUUCUGAUUGUAGAUGUUACUGCGACAGGUGGCAGAACCAGUUGUUUAAAUUAAGGAGACAAUUACUUUUUUUGCUUAUAGGUAAUGUAGAUGUUGCAUAACCUGCUUAUUUCAAUAAUUAGAAUGAUUAUUUUGAGGCAAAUUUGAAACAAAUCUUGGAUUGGUAGAAUUGAUUAAAUAGAAUGCAUAGCAAGAUAGCAAAUAAUCCAAUAGAUAGCAAAGGAAGGUUGCACAAAGUACUAAACAUUUAAAAAAUAAAGUUAUUUUUAAUGAAUGUUACAUCUGUGCAUGUUUCAAGUGUGACAUUUAAAGUGUUAUUUGUGAGGAUGUGUAUUAUUGUAUAUAGUCUAGUAAUACGACAUAUGGCGGUGUCAGGAUAUGCAAGUAUUUUGUAUAGUGUAUGUGUAAGUAGGGGGUUGAACCCUUUGGUUGUUCAGGUUCUCAAAUAUUCAAGUUAGUUAAAGUGUCAGUGUGCAUAUGGUCCCAUGAGCUGUAUUUUAAUGCCUUGACCAGGUCAAACACAAUGUGUACUGAUGAAGAAGGAUGUUUGUGUUGGAUACAGAUGCUAGCGAUCAGAGUAUUGGGAUGGUGCUAAGCCAGAUCCAUAAAGAUAGAGUGUGUGUGAUUGCUUUUUUCAGCUGGGUGCUGAGCAGGCAGGAGAAGAAAAACUUUUAGCCAAAGGAGGAAAUACCUAUUUUAGUGCAUAGAACAUUGUAAUCUUUUCCUCAGUAGGAUGAUAACGUAGAAUUUUCAUUGUUUUAUUAUAAAGUAAGAAUAGCAUUUCAUAGUAGGUUUUGUUAGGGGUGCUUUGCUGUAUCAAAACCUGAACUCAACUGUUUUUAGGAUGAUUGACUUAAGUCAACCAGUUGACCAAUUACAUGAUUAAUAUGUUGGGACAAUUAUUUAAAUAUUUAAUAUUUAAUAAAUAUUAAAUAUUUAAAUUUAAUCAUUUUACAGUUGGUGUUUAAAAAUUAGCAGUAUUAUGGUUAUAAAUAAAUAAUAUGUAUUUAAUGCAUAAUAAUAUGUAUUUAAAUUUAAUGCAUGUAUUUAUGUAUUAUGUGCAUUUUGUCCCUUUGGGGAUUCCAUAAUCAAUGGAAAAGUGUGCCUCGCUACACAUGUGAUAAUCUCUCUGUAGUCUGUGCUGUUUUCUAAGUAUUAUGCUCCCGAUAGUUUGUUUAUGUACAGUUUAUUUUUUUCUUUAUAACCUCAGCAAACGCUUGGUUACAUUAGCAGUUGGUUAGGCAAAAUGUCCAAGAUGUCAAAAGCUAAAGCAGCUAAAAACACUACUCGUGUAACUGAGUUUGGAAAACUCCCAACCAAUUAUGUGGAUGCAGAGGGGGGUGUCAAGACAAGUGUUUUCACAUUUGAGACCAUCAAGUAUUAGGGUAGGCUGUGCUGUGUAUUGUAGCUUCCAUUUAUUCUAUCAUUCAAUUUUUAAGUGUUAUUUUGUGCCAUGAAAUGUGGCACUUUUUUUUAAAAUCUGAAAUCAUGAAAUUUGUAAUUAAAAAGCCAAAAAUGGACCAGUCCCAAGCUACCUUCGAGGCCUAAUCAAACCCCGCUCUGUACCACGCAACCUCCGAGCCACUAGUCUCGCUCGACUUGAGCCUCCACCCAGGACUAAAGGAAGACAAGCAUCAAGGCUCUUCUCUGUUCUAGCACCCAAGUGGUGGAAUGAACUUUCUCUGUCUGUCCGAACAUCUGAGUCUCUUGCUGUCUUUAAAAAACGAUUAAAAACCCACCUUUUUACUAAACACUUAAGCUGACUUGUACCUAUUCACUAACAUUUUUUUUUUCCAUUUCCAAAAAAAAAAAUAAAAAAAUAAAAAAAAAACU